AUGGCAGAAGAAGCUCCAGCAGCGGCACCGGAAUCCCCGAAGAAGAAGGCCUCCAGACCCAAGAAGGAUGGACCCAGUUUCCCGAAGCUCAUCGUCGCCGCUGUGGUCGAGUCUAAGAAGCGGAAGGGGGUUUCACUGGCUGCGAUCAAGAAGGUUCUGGGGUCCAAUUUCGAUGUGACAAAGUCCAACAAACGCAUCAACACCGCCCUCACCAAGCUGGUCACCAAGGGGGUUCUGACUCAGACUAAGGGCACCGGAGCGUCCGGUUCCUUCAAGCUCGCCAAGAAGGAGCCCAAAGUCUCCAAACCGGUCAAGAAAGUGGCUAAGAAGAAGGCUCCCAUCAAAGCUAAGAAACCUGUCGCUGCUAAAGCUAAGAAAGCUGCAGUGGCCAAGAAGGCAGCAGUUAAGAAGACAGCGGUCAAGAUCCCAAAGAAGGCAGCGCCUAAGAAAGCCGUCAAGAAGACACCAAAGAAGAGCCCCAAGAAGCCCAAAGCUGUAGUCAAGAAGCCCAAAGCUGCAGUCAAGAAGCCCAAAGCUAAGAAAGCUGCUAACAAGUGA